AUGUUGGCUGGUUACGACUUGAAUAUGGCCGACUACGAUGGUCGCACCGGUCUGCAUGUCGCAGCCAGUGUGGGAGCCUUUGAGAGUGUUCGUUUCUUCCUGGAGGUGGCACGUGUCAACCCGGAGCCGAAGGAUCGCUGGGGUCACAGUCCGCAGUCCGAGGCAAAGCUGUUCGGUCAUAAUGCAAUUUAUGACUACUUAGAAAGGUACUAG